UAGACACUAACUCACUAACUCUAACUCACUCGUGUCCCAGUGGCCAGCCCCGCCGCACGCAUGUCCCGUGCCGCCGCCUUACUCUGCGCGUGCGCGCUCGCCGCCAAUGUCGUGUCUCCCGCGCCUGCGCCGCCUCGACGAACUGAUACCAAAGAUUUACAGAACAUGGCGCAGGAGAGAUCGAUAGUGAUACGAAGGGUGCCGAAGGCUUAUGCGUAUCCGUUCAGUUUGUGGCCGCUGCCGAAAUAUCCUCCUCUCCAAGGUGUAAAGCUACUAGAAGCAAAUCCAGAUGUCAAAAGACUCUACGAUGACCUCCUCAGCAACUACAACCGACUGAUCCGACCUGUGACCAACGUGAGCGACAUACUGACGGUGCGAUUGGGCUUGAAGCUGUCGCAGCUUAUGGAGGUCAAUCUGAAGAACCAGGUCAUGACAACCAACCUUUGGGUCGAGCAGAAAUGGUUUGACUAUAAGCUGCAAUGGAAUCCUGACGACUAUGGUGGACUUGAAAUGCUGUAUGUGCCCUCGGAACAUAUUUGGCUACCUGAUAUCGUCCUUUAUAAUAAUUGGGACGGAAAUUACGAAGUGACACUAAUGACAAAAGCAACAUUAAAGUACACGGGCGAAGUGAAUUGGAAACCACCAGCGAUAUACAAAUCAUCGUGUGAAAUAAACGUAGAAUACUUUCCGUUCGACGAGCAAACUUGCUUCAUGAAAUUUGGCUCGUGGACUUAUAAUGGAGCACAGGUGGACCUAAAACAUAUGGACCAACUGCCUGGUAGUAGUCUUGUGCAUGUUGGAAUAGAUCUCAGUGAGUUCUAUUUGUCUGUGGAAUGGGAUAUACUUGAAGUACCAGCCACUAGAAAUGAGGAAUAUUACCCAUGCUGCCCUGAACCUUUUUCUGAUAUAACAUUUAAAUUGACAAUGCGAAGAAAAACUCUGUUUUACACAGUGAAUCUGAUUAUUCCUUGUGUUGGAUUAACGUUUUUAACUGUGCUCGUGUUUUACUUGCCAUCCGAUUCUGGUGAAAAGAUAUCGCUCUGCAUCUCCAUCCUGGUGUCCCUCACUGUGUUCUUCCUUGGUCUGGCCGAGAUCAUCCCGCCAACGUCUUUGGCGAUCCCCUUGCUCGGGAAAUAUCUGCUAUUCACAAUGAUUCUCGUCUCGCUCAGCGUUUGGGUCACUGUAUGCAUUGUAAACGUCCAUUUCAGGUCACCAUCCACCCACACGAUGUCGCCAUGGAUGAAGAAGCUGUUCCUGCAGCUGAUGCCCAAACUCCUCAUGAUGAGGAGAACCAAGUAUUCCCUGCCAGACUACGAUGAUACCUUCGUUUCUAAUGGCUACACCAAUGAGUUGGAAAUGAGCAGGGACAGUUUGACGGAUGCUUAUGACAGCAAGGGUGAGGAGGGUGACUACCGCAAGUCCCCGGCCCCUGAAGACGACAUCCUCGGAGCUGGUGUACAUCAGAGACCUUCAGUGACGGAAUCUGAGAACAUGCUGCCGCGGCACCUGUCGCCCGAGGUGGCAGCCGCCCUGCAGAGCGUACGCUUCAUCGCACAGCAUAUCAAAGAUGCGGAUAAGGAUAAUGAGGUCGUGGAAGAUUGGAAGUUCAUGUCAAUGGUUCUCGACCGGUUCUUCCUGUGGCUGUUCACCAUCGCCUGCUUCGUGGGCACCUUUGGCAUCAUCUUCCAGUCUCCUUCUCUCUACGACACCAGGGUACCGGUGGACCAGCAGAUAUCUUCCAUACCGAUGAGGAAGAACAACUUCUUCUAUCCAAAAGAUAUAGAAGUAAUCGGUAUAGUUUAAGAAGAUCUUAAAAGUACACUCAAUUUUUUAUAGUUAUUCUAUUUAAGGAUUUUUUUUUCUUUUUUUUUUUUUAAUAAUUUUGUUUGGAUGUAAGACGAGCACUAAUACUAACUAAGGUGAAACUAUAACAGAAAUGUAUUGGUAAAUUAUUUAGGUUGAUAGUUUAUGAUAUGGCUAAAAGUUUGUCAGCCUAAUAUUAAUUUCGUAUAUUACUUACAAUAAGGGUUUCAGACUCUUAUUCCCUAUAUAUGAUAUAGGUUCCGUUUUUGUACUACGUACGUUUGGAACCCUGGAAAUAGUAAAAGUUCAUUUAAAAAAAGUUAUAAAUUUCAUAUUUUAUCUAUUUUUUCCAAACGCUAAAAUCACUGUCCUCAAUUUCGUGACGUCAUAGUAUUAGUAAACAUACACACGUCAAACUAAAGGAUGUGUUUUUUUUUGCUCUAAAACGAUCCAAAUACUUUGUCUCACAGUUUUCCUGGAGACUCGUUAUACAGAGACUAGCUGACACCGCGCGGUUUCACCCUCGUGGUUCCCGUUCCCGUAGAAAUACGGGGAUAAAAUAGCCUAUAGCCUUCCUCGAUAAAUGAGUUAUCUAACACUGAAAUAAUUUUUCAAAUCGGACCAUUUGUUCCUGAGAUUAGCACGUUCAAUCAAACAAACAAACAAACUCUUCAGCUUUAUAAUAUUAGUAUAGAUAAAGUCGAUACAGAGAUGGUAAUAACUAUACUUUCGGUGUAAAUAUUAUUAUCGGGGGUAAUUUGAAAUAAUUAUUUCUGUAUAUUUCUUAUGAUUGUCUUUAGUUAAUUAUGAUGGCUGUGAAGUAACAACAUAUUAUAUGUAACAGUUAAGUAUAUGUUUAAUAUAAUGAAGUUUAUAUUAAUGUUUAUAAUAUACUAGUACUGAAAUGAAGAAAAAAAAAAUAAUAUUAAAUAAUAAGUUUUGUCGUACUGAUACGUACAUCCAAUGAUUUAGCGUCUCGGUACGAUGACGCAUAAAACUAGUCUUGGGUAAGGGUUUAGACGGUAGUCCUCACACGUUAUAGCGUGUCAGACUGCAUUAGUCACUUACCAUCAGGUGAGAGCGCUUAUCAGUCACAACUUAUCUAUCGGAAAUACUAAUACACUGUUUCUGCGAUAGCCUAUAAAUAAGUACGUAUUGAUAAUAACUGUUUAGAUCUAAUAAUAUAUGCCUAAGUAUUUACAUAAUACUAUAAAAUUGUCUUAUGAUAAAUUAAUAAAACUGAAUUAAUAAUUA